AUGUCAAACAAGAUGGAAUAUAGGCUCCCGCCCAUCAACUCCCUUUCUUUGAACUUCCCCCUACUGAUUCCGCAGUCAUACCACAGCGGCGCACAGCAUGUGCAUGGCUUGUCGUCACCCCAAAUGGCAGCCCACGGAUUUCUGCGAGGCAGCUUUUUGCACGCCAAUCACGUGUUGCCCCAGGCGCCGCCACUUGCGGGGCCUCCGCGGGCAAGUGCAUACGGGGCGCCAAGCUGGCUCCCGCUGACUGUGCCGGCCACGCAUAUUUCUGGCCAGCCCGCCCGUCCUUCUCCAGCAGGUUUUCCAGUGGGGCUCGCCGAGUACACGCUUUCGCAGCCAAGCGCGGCGCGGGGCGCGGAAUGCAGCCCGCCGCAGGUCGCCGCGGUAGGCGUGCCGCCCAUGCAUGUGGGCUCCAACAGCUUGCCCCUAAAAUCCCUGGCACAAGGCGCCGCUCCGUUUUUGCAGCAGCCUUCGCCGUCGUCGACACGCCGGUCGUCGUCGAUCUCGCCCUUGGUGCGCUCCGCAGAUUCGCCGCAGGAAGGCGCCGAGUCCGACGCCGCGCCGUCCAUCUGCGCGAGCGCGGACGCCAGCGGGCAGUCCGACCAGGCCCGCGAACUCAAACGCCGCAAGAAGCGCCAGUGCCCCGAGUGCCGUCUUUUUUUCUCCAACUUGGCCACCCACAAAUCCACGCACUUGAACCCGACGGCGCGGCCGCACGUGUGCAAUGUUUGCAGCCGUGGGUUUGCGCGGCCCAACGACUUGUCCCGCCACUACAAGUGCCACUGGAAGGAGACGGGGGCAGACAAUGGGCAGUUCAAGUGUCCCUUCAAGAACGGGCCCGCGCCUGGCCAGUGCAGUCAUACGCUGGGCAUUUUCUCGCGGUGCGACACCUACAAAAACCAUUUGAAGGCUAUUCACUUUGACUACCCGGGCGGCACUCGCAAGAACGAGCGUGCAACCAGCCCGGGCUGCUGCGGCCUGUGCCAGAAGCAGUUUCUGAGUGUGGACGAGUGGCUCGUCACGCACGUGGACACUCAGCUGUGCGAGUCCAUGCACUAG